AUGAUGCAGUGGACGUCAUUCGUUCAGAAGGCCCAGUCUUUCAUCGACCCGGCCAAUUUCACCCUACCGACGCUCACUUCCUCCGAUCGCAACCCUUCCAAGGCCUCCUUGUUUCGCCAGCAAUUCCGACUUCCAGACUCCCAGAAUCCGCUACAAGAGAUCACCGCCGAACUCAUCCUUCCUGUUCCGCAUACCUCCGGAGAUGGCCCUCGCAACCUCGACCACGCCGGCAACCGAUAUGCCGGGCGACUCCACCUGAGUGAGCGGUUUCUCUGCUUCUCCACACAGGCCACGAGCUUCCACCCCUCCGCUAGUCUCACGGCCUCGACACAUUGGGCCGGCCAGACCAACGGCACAGGCCCAUCUGGCAACGGGUUCACUAUCCCGCUGUGCUGCAUCCGGCGAGUGGAACGGCUGAACAGCCUCAGCCACAUCUUCUCCCUGGCGCUGACGACAUGGAACGGCGCGCUGGGCAAGCAACAACCUCCGGGCUUUAUCCCGCAGAGAUUCACCAUCCAGCUGGCUGGAAGCAGGCAGGCCUGCGAGCGGUUCUGCGACGGGCUGAAGAAAGGACUGCGGGAGGGCAUGAAGGAGAUCGAGAAUCUGCGCAUAGUCGUAAAUGAUUGUUACUCGGAAUAUCUACUCUCCGGGGCCAAGGGGAAAGCCCAGGAUGGCGAUGCCUCCGACGUGCGGCAGCCGCCUGAUGCCGGGCUGGGGAUGAUCUUUCGCUAUCCUGGCGAUGCUCGCAAACUUCGCGACCGCAGUAAAAUGCGAUUGUGGGGGGAGUACUUUCGAGAAAACGGUCGCAACGCGACGCUCAUCCGCCAGCCUACCUUCCAUAAACUGAUCCGAGUUGGUCUGCCGAAUCGCCUCCGUGGGGAGGUCUGGGAGGUCACGUCCGGUUCGUUGUACCUCCGGUUAAGGUCGCCGAAAUUAUACACAGACACGCUGGCCAAAUUCUCGGGGCAAGAGUCCCUGGCGAUUGACGAGAUCGAGAAGGACUUAAACCGCAGUCUGCCAGAGUAUGCCGGCUUUCAAAGCGAGGAAGGUAUCGGGCGCCUUCGACGAGUCCUCACGGCUUACAGCUGGAUCAAUGCGGAGAUCGGAUAUUGUCAGGCGAUGAACAUCGUCGUUGCGGCUCUUCUGAUAUACAUGUCUGAAGCGCAAGCUUUCUUUCUGCUCUCAGUACUAUGCGAUCGGCUUUUGCCGGGCUACUAUUCGACUACCAUGUACGGUACUCUACUCGACCAGAAAGUCUUCGAGUCUCUUGUCGAGAAAACUAUGCCUGUGCUAUGGGAGCACCUGACCAAGUCCGACGUCCAGCUUUCCGUGGUCUCCCUUCCCUGGUUUCUGUCCCUCUACAUUAACUCGAUGCCUUUAGUCUUCGCUUUCCGCGUUCUGGAUGUCUUCUUCCUAGAAGGGCCGAAGGUUCUGUUCCAGGUCGGGCUGGCUAUCCUCCGAAUCAAUGGCGAGGAACUUUUGGAUAUCCAAGACGACGGAUCUUUCAUCUCUGUCCUCAAGUCGUACUUCUCACGCCUGGAUGAGUCGGCUCACCCCAGAUCAGAGAACCCUAAGCUACGCGCGAUCACUCGUUUCCAGGAGCUGAUGGUGGUGGCCUUCAAGGAGUUCUCCCAGAUUACGCAUCAGACCAUUAUCGAGCAGCGAGAAAAGCACAAGGACGCCGUGCUGGAGAAUAUCGAAAGUUUCGCCAAACGUACAUCCAUUCGGAACUUGGGUCCCGACAGCAAGAAACUCAGCAUGGACGACCUUGGUGCCAUCUAUGACCGCUACUAUGAAGUCUUGUAUGACAACCAGCAGAGGCAGAAGUUGCAGGAAGAAGAGAGAAGACGUCAGGAAAAGAAGAGGGUCGAAAGGACUUCCAUUCUUGGGCCUCCCGUUGAUCGAGAGGUCGGCCGUGUCGGUCUCGGCCCUAGCCCGACGCAUAUGGACUAUGACGCCUUCCGCGAGUUUCUCGCCGUCACCGCGAAGUGGGCUGUCUCGGAUUCGCCGCGCAAGUCUUCGAGCAGCGAGCAGAGCUCCAACAGCUUCCGAGGAUGGGGCAAGGCAGCCGCGUGGAACACCAAGAACCAACCAACCGAUCACGAAUUUAUGCAACGUCUCUACCGGAAAUGGGCGACUGACCCAGAGGAGGGCAUCAGCUUGCAGAACGUUGUCAACGGCUUGGCUCGGCUGAAGGGCCCGCGGGACAUCAUGAACAACAUCCAGUACUUCUUCGAUCUCUAUGAUGAUGAAGGAAAUGGCACGGUUGAUAGAGAAGGUAUUCUUCGCAUGUCCGAGGCUUUGUUGUUCCUCUCCAGACGAGGCUUUGAAGGCACCAUUACCCCGACUCAGUCUGUUGACGACCUGAAAGGGAAUGAUGGCGCUCAUGGUGAAGAUAAGCUGAGCACCGAUGAGAAAUUUUUGGGAAGUGUCAGCUCCUUCAUUAGGCGUUGUUUCGAGUAUGCCGACCCCAGCAAGCCCGGGGCCAAGGCAGCGGAAGCUCAGCAAGACGCGGAUGAAGCUGCAGACAAACUAGGGUCUUUCAGUAUCGGUGACGAUGAAGAAGAGGACCUGCUUGAUCUGGACGAUGAUACCAAAUCCGACCACACAGCGGUUACGGAAAAGCCUGCUCAGCUCGCUGCGGGAGAGAAGCGUGACUCCGAACACAAUCGAACCGCUUCCGAAAGUGCUAACCCGGCUCUUGAUCCUAACAACCCUCUGCACAUCACACUGCCCACGUUCCGCAUGGUCAUUUUAGCUGAUGAGCUCCUGGAACAAUUCUUCGACUCUUACUUCCCCCAGUCGUUCCACCUCUCCGACCAUGGCUCAUAUGCUGCAACCGCUUCGUCCCUCUCGUCCAAUCUUACGACGUUCUCCAAUAUCAACGCACCUAAGCCCCAGAGUAGCGCCAUGUCGGCUCCCUCUGUUGGGGGCGCAUCGGGUGGUAUUGUACCUCCCGGCCGAGGACUUCGCGGCGUUCUGGACAACAUCGUGUCUGAUGGAAUCCGCAUGGCCGCCGAAGUCAAGAAGCGCAUGGACGAAGCGCAGCGCGAGCUGGAACGCAACGCCCUCGGUCGCGGUGAGGAGGAAGACGAAGAGGACGAGGAAGAAUACGAUGGCCGCACUGGCCCCACUUCCGCUCCGUCCAUUGUCGGGGGCAUUUCCAGCUGGGGAGCUGGCGCGUACGGCGCUGAUCCGGACCGCCGUAGCGUACGGGAUGCCGAUCGUGACCUCCUCGAGGGCGCCGAGGUCGUCAGCAUGCGCGGCAAGGACGACGCUUCCCUCCUUGAUGACAAAGAUAGUCACCAUGACAAUACUCAGGCUCCUUCGACAGCAGCAGCUCAUGCACCCGACAACGUGGUCAGCAAAGUCGAAUUCGAGUCGUAA